AUGAACCAGAUCUGCAUGAUGGAUCCACAAGAAGUUCACCAUGCAGAAGGCCCUCUGCCUCCCACUGUGAGCCUGGGGCCUCACUUCCCUCCAGAUGUACAGGCUGAAACAACAGAAGACAGUGUCUUGCUGAUACAUACCCUCUUGGCAGCAACCAAGGACCCCCUGGCCAUGGACCCACCAGUUGCCAACCAGCCGAAUAAAAGCAAAACCAAGAAGGCUCCUAUUAAGGCUAUCACUAAAACUGACCCUCCAGUUCCAUCUGCCAGUGUGAUUACCACCACCAAGUCUACAGUAAAUUUUCCAGCUUUAAAUCUGCCCAUCAUUCCCCAGAUCAACCAGGCUUCAGCUACCACUGAGGUAGCCACUACUCAGGCUUCUUCAUUCACUGCUUAGCCUAAGAAAUCUAACAAGACAAAGAAAGUCACUGCUAAGGCAACCCAAGGUUCCCAAUUUCCAAUUGACAGUGAGAGUGUCACUACACAGAUCAAGUUACCCUUGCAGACCCUAAACCUGCUAGUCAUUCUUCAGACUAUCCAGGCUCCAACUGCCAAUGAGUCAGCCAAUUCUCAAGCUUUGUUAGGCCCCACCACCCCGAAGCAAGUUUUCAAGGCUAAGAAGGCUGAUAAUAAGGUCAUAGCUAGUGCCACUGAUAUCUCACUGUCUCCAUCCACUAUUUACACAGCUACCACCCACAGCCAAAUUACCUCUAUCCAAACUAAGAAAGCCUCCAAAGCCAAGAAGGCAUUUAUUGUUAAGGGCACAAAUACUGAUACUGAACUCCCAGAGGCCCCAGAUGCCACUGAGAUAGCUACCAGGCAGACUGAGGCCUCAGCAGCAGCUAUCUGGCCCCCAAAAUCCAAGGGCAAGAAAGUUGUCUAUGAGGGCCCGAAAUCUGCCUGUGAGAUCUCUGAGGCCCUACCUGCCAGUCAAAUGGUCACAAAUCAACCCCUAGCAGCCACCCUCUGGGUCAAGAGAGGGUACAGGGCUUGGAAGGUUGACACUAAGACCCAAACAACCGAAAGCCAGACUCAGGCUGACCAAGGGAUCUAGGCCAAGAUGGAUACCUCUCAGACCCACAUAAGUUCCUUUGAGACUCAGGUUGCUGCUUCUGUCCAGGCCUUGGCAGAUGACUACCUGGCUCAGUUUAGUUUGGAGCCAACAACUAGGACCUGGGGAAAGAGGAACCAAAGGUCCAAGAAUCUGAACAAGGAUGAGAGAGAUGAUGGUAAUUAUAAGUGGAUCUCAUGGGGCCAGAGGCCUCUGCUAUCCUGAGAUGUGGCCAUUUUGCAAGAAAGGGCAAAUAAGUUGGUGAAAUACCUGUUGGUUAAGGACCAGACAAAGAUCCCCAUCAACCACCCAGACAUGCUGAAGGAUGUCAUCCAAGAAUAUGAUGAAUAUUUCUCAAAGAUCAUUGAACAAGCAAGCUAUGCUCUGAAGAAAAUGUUUCGAGUCAAUCUGGAGGAAAUUGAUAGUAGCUUAUAUAGUCUCAUCAGCAUUCAGGAAUCCUCUACAGGCAUACUGAGAGUGACCAAGGACACACCCAAGCUAGAUCUUCUCAUGGUGAUUCUGAGUGAUUUUAUGAAUGGCAACAAGGCCAAUGAGGCUGUCAUCUGGGAUGUGCUGCACAAGUUGGGGCUGUGCCCUGGGGUAAGGCACUCACUCUUAGGGGAAGUGAGGAAGCUCAUCACAGAUGAGUUUGUGAAGCAAAAUUAAGUGGUGUACCUGGAAUACAAGAGGGUCCCCAACAGCAGACCACCUGAAUAUGAGUUCUUCUGGGGCUUGUGCUCCUACCAAGAGACUAGCAAGAUGAAAGUACUCAAGUUUGCCUGUAAGGUGCAAAAGAAAGACCCCAAGGACUGGGCCGUGCAGUACCAGGAAGCAGUGGAGAUGCAAGUCCAAGCUGCAGCUGUGGCUAUAGUUGAGGCUGAGGCCAGGGCUGAGGCAAGAGCCCAAAUGGUGAUUGGAGAGGAAGCUGUGGCUGGGCCCUGGAAUUGGGAUGACGUGGAUAUCGACUGUCUAACAAAGGAAGAGUUAGGCGAUGAUGCUCACACCUGGAACAGAUUUUCACUUGAAAUUCAGGCCAGAGCCCAAGAAAAUGCAAACGCCAGUGCCAGCAUUGACUUCAGCAGAGAAGCUAGCACCAGGGCUAGCUAUAGUGAUGGUUCUAGUAUUAGCUUAGGUGGUGUACCAAGCCCUGGUAAUGGCUUUGGUGGCAAAGCUGGUAUUAGCUUUGGUGGCACAUGCAGCACCAGUGAUAGCUUCAGCAGUGUGGCCAGUAUUUACUUUGAUGGCACACCCAGCACUUGCUCCACUUUCAGUGGUGGAGCCAGCAUUAGCUUUAGCUCUUUCAACAGUUGCACUAACUUUGGUGAUACACUCAGAACCAAUCUUGGCUUUGGAGGCACACACAGCACCAGUGCUGGUUUUAGCAGUGCUGUCAGUAUUAGCACUGGCUUUAGCAGUGUUUAG